UAGGCCUGACUGUCUGCGGCUGAAAUCCUGGGUGAUUAGCGAAGGGAGAGCUGCGAUGAUAGGGCUUUGAGGAGGCACAGACAGAGAGCGGCAUGGAGUGGCUGUUCUAAUUCACCCUGCCAGGCUUUGCCGGGGAGCCUCGGAGGAGGGGGACGGAGUCACUGGAGGGUCUCUGAUGAAAUGUCCUAUCUCAGACCUUCUGGGAAGGAGCUGGAGAGAUUCGACGGACUGUCCCUUAUAUACUGGACACUAAUGGGCCCUUACGGGAUUGACCGCACCGUGUACUGCAUGGAGUUCAACGACUGUGUCAAUGGAUUGGGGAUUAAAGUGAUUGGAGGGGUACGGGAGCUCAGCAGAGAGGAAUAUGGGGUUUAUGUUAAACGAAUUCUCCCCGGUGGAAUAGCUUAUUCUGACGGGCGGCUUCAGGCUGGAGAUCAGAUCCUUGAAGUAAAUGGAGACAGUUUGCUGGGAGUAUCCAGUGAGAGAGCAGUUGACAUUCUAAGAACGGCCUCUGCCUCAAGCUACAUGCGACUACUGAUUGCCAGGGACGAUGAGGCACGGAAGGAAUUCUCUGAGCUAAUGGAGAAGUAUGGCAGCUCUCACAGUGACACCAGCUCUGCUAGAAGCUCCCCCAUUAUGCAGGGAAGCAGAUAUCUGGAGAGCACUUCCUCGGAAUCUUCCUCCCGUUCCCAAAGCCCGUUGCUACUCAGUCCAGGCAGCUCUCAUGGGCAGUUCACUGGCAGUUCCAGCCUCUCCCCACACUCAACAAUGAGUGACUCAGGGAUGCAGAAUAUUUCUGUAGCUAAAUCUACAGGCCUGGGACUGGUCAUCAGCGGAGGCUCCAACCGACCAGAAGGACCAAUGGUGUAUGUGCAAGAGGUGCUUGUGGAUGGAGACUGUUCCAGGGAUGGACGUCUCCGAGCUGGGGACCAACUGGUUUCAAUCAAUCGAGAGACACUGGUUGGAGUCACCAAUGAAGAAGCCAAACGUGUUUUAGCCAGAUCCAGAUUCAGGCAAGGCAGCUUCACUGAAGUUUCAUUCAUUCCGGCUGCCACCCAUCUUCCUGGGCUUUCUGGAGCCAACAGCGCUAUGUCAUCGCCGCAGAGGAUUCUGGGAAAUGGCCUGCCUUCCUGUCGACUGAAAGUCCAUGUCAGGUCUCCAGAGUGUCGAAACGAAAACCACAUGCUUUCUCCGUCCCCUGACAUCUGUCCCCCUGAGCUCACAGUCUCGGCUCCGGUGUCACCGCCCAACCAAAGGGCAUACGCUGGCAAUAAGCAGAAGGUCUCUUUAGAUCCCCAUGUUCGGCUGAAAGAGGAGAAAGUAGAACUGAUUUUGCAGUUCCUUGGUCUGGAUGUUUCUGAGGAGAAAAGAAAAGAGGUUCACCAAGGGCUGAUAACAGACUGUCAGGGGACUGUGGCUUAUGGCGAUAUUCUACGUGCCAUGCGAGAAGGCCUACAGGAAGAACUGGAGGAGGCCGGCCUAGAUUAUAGUUCCCUGCUCUUCACACAUUACCAAGUGGCCAAUUUACUUGACACCUCUGCAUUUCAAUCGCCUGUCACCAAGGAGAUAGAACUUCCAAGGUUCUCUGAGAGUUUGGAACUGGAACAACUACAGGAGGAGGUGACUGAUCUCAGACAGGAGGUUAGAAGGUUAAAGGUUUUGCUUAGAGAGGCAGAAAACAGCAAGAGAGCGACGGAAGAUGAACUGCAGAGACUGAACCAAAAGGUGCUGGGGCUUUUAUCGGAGAACCGAUGCCUACAGAGCAAGCUACAGGUUGCAGAGCUGGCCCAGCGUGAGGCUCACAGCGCAGAGCACGACUACGAAGAAGUGAUCCACCUCCUGGAAGCUGAGAUCUCAGAACUGAAAGGCCAAAUGGCGGGGAAGAAGAAGCUGUCGUUAGAGGUCCCUGAGGGACUGGAUCUCAACCGACGACUAUCUCUGUCCGACUGUCAGCUGCGCAAGUCCGAAUUGUCUCGCAGGCAGUUGGAAGUUUCCAACAAGAAGCUGCUUAAUUUUGUCCAGAAAAUCCAGAAUAUAUUAAGCACGUCGCUUCAGUUUAGCGAGGGAAAAAGGAGCCGCAGUCGAGACAGCGAGAGUGACGUAAAUGUUUCAGUCCCCUCUGCAGAGUCACUGGUCACAGAAGUCACGGACAUUCUAGAAUCCUGCUUUGCUUGUCCGUACCCAGGUACUGAUUUCCAAAGGUACAACAGAUCGGCCUACUCACUGGGAGCGUCCAGCCAGAACAUGGUUUGGCCUUCACCACCAACUCCGACUCUAGUACGGGACCUGAGCGGAAGUGGAGAAGAUUUACUAUGUGCAACCAAAGAACCCGAGGACAAGCCCACAGAAUAGUAACACAGUAGCCCUGCUGUGUGUAUAUGUAUAUAUAUGAAUGGACUAGGCCUAUGGCGAGGGGGAGGUCUAUAGACUCCUGAUGAGGGAGGCAACAUUCACCAUGGAUUAUAGACAUGAAUAGGGGCCGAUGUUGUGUGUGACUGUUUCCAGAGCCAGAAUAGAGGAGCAAAUGAAGAGAUCUGCCCCCCAAAAAUAUGACUGUUAUUUAGUCCUCUGGACUUUAAAGCAAAUUUUGUGUUUUUUUUUUAUAAUUGUGCCGGCCUGGAUACAAUCAAGGCUCAUUAUUUAUUA